AUGGGGAACAAGCAGACCAUCUUCACCCCACAGCAGCUAGAUGCAUACCAGGACUGCACGUUCUUUACCAGGAAGGAAAUUUUGAGGCUGUACCAACGUUACCGUGACCUGGCCCCACAGCUAGUGCCGCUCGACUACACCAGCCAACCAGAUGUGAAGCUGCCUUAUUUGCUGAUCGGCAGCAUGCCAGAGCUGAAGGAUAAUCCUUUCCGGCAAAGAAUAGCUGAGGUGUUCUCCGAAGAUGGCGAGGGAAACAUGAGUCUAGACGACUUCUUAGACAUGUUUUCAGUUCUGAGUGAAAUGGCACCCAGAGAGCUGAAAGCCUACUAUGCCUUUAAGAUCUAUGAUUUCAACAAUGAUGACUUCAUCUGUAAAUCGGACCUGGAGAAGACGCUGAAUAAGCUGACCCGCAACGAGCUGACAGAGGAUGAGGUGAGGAUGGUCUGUGAAAAGGUCAUGGAUGAGGCUGACCUGGACAAUGAUGGGCGUCUGUCGCUAGAGGACUUUCAACAAAUGAUUGUCCGCGCUCCAGAAUUUCUUAGCACUUUCCAUAUAAGGAUAUAA